AUGGCCGCCUCUAACAUCACCGAUACCACCCCCUGGAAGCAGUACUUCUGUAACAAGGACACUGUCUGCUCUGAGCCCAACUUCGAGUGCCAUUACAACAUGUACUGUAUCCCCCAGUUGAAGGAAGGCGAGACCUGCUUGGAUGCCCAGGACACCGUUGCUCCCUUCGUUGCCCGUGUCGACAACGUCUACCACUUGUACUGCGACAUGCCCACUGAGGACUUCAAGCCCCAGAACGUCACCUGCCCCCUCGGAUGCGAGAAGUGGGAGAACUGCCACGGCAACGUCUGCAUGCUCAAGAAGUGCACCAAGGACCAGUCGCUCUGCAAGCAGGGCCAGCUCGACAUGUGCAUGGGUCUCCGCCGCGAGGAGGUCUUCUGUUACGAGGCCAACCCCCACGGUAGCACUCACCCCACCACCACCGCCGCCCCCAUGCCCAACAACGUCAACGCCGGUUCCUCCGAGGACAAGUCCAACGUUGGUGCCAUUGCCGGUGGUGUCUCCGCUGCCGUCGUUGUCGUCCUCGCCAUCGGUGCCUUCUUCUUGGUCCGUCGCCGUCGCACCGCCAAGGCUGCCAAGGCUGCCGCCGCUGCCCAGUCCCUCCCUACCUACUCUUCCCAGAACGAGAAGAACGCCAUGAGCCAGGUCGCUUAA